UUAUUAUUUAUUUUAUAACAUGUCUUCUGCAAUUGGUCUACUUGAAAAGAAGAAAAAACCAAGUAAAAGUUCGAAAAGUAAGAAAUCUUCAAGACGAUCUGAUGGAUUGGUCGAUUCUCUUGGUGAGCCUGUAAAGUCCACUACCAAAAAGGUUAAAUCUUCUGCAAAGGAAGCUAAGAAACAAUUACCGGUUGAGGAGCCAUCUACUGUAGGAGAGACAACGGAUGAUGCUAUCGAAAACGUGGAUGAUGCCACUGAUCAAGUUCAAAACACGGCCACUGAUGUGGUAGGCGAUGUGAACGAUAAAGUCCAAGAUGCCACUGACAAUGCUCUUGAAGACAAAGUCCAAGAUGCUACUAAUCAAGCUCAAGAUGUCACUGAACAAGUCUUGAACACAACAAAACAAUUAGAAAAUGAAACAGAGAAUGCGCCAGAGGAAGCCCAGGACAUGUUUGAUGAUCUUCAAAACAGGAUCAAGGCUUAUACUGAAAAGCUUCAAAAUAAUAUUAUUGAUAAUGGCAAUAACCCAUUAGACAGUGAUAAUGAUGCCUUGAUUACAAUGAACGCUAUCAUGGAAUAUAAUCGUAGAUUAAUGCAACGAUUAAAUGGUUUAGAACAACAGACUGAAAAGAAGAGCGAAGGGGUAAGUAAGGAAACUAUUCAAAAUACAGUUCAAGAGACAUAUAAUGAGGUCAAAUCUGAGUUCGAUCAAAAGACAAAUGGUACACAUCAGUCUUUUGAGCUUCCUAUUGGAGACAUGAUGAAAAGUUACGGAAACUUUAGUUCAGAGCCUUUACCUGAUAAAGAUGAACAGUCGAAGAAAUCAGAUAAAGAUGAAGAAUCCACUAUUCAUGAGGGCGAUGAUGAAGAAAACAAGAUAAGAAUUAAUAAUGGAGAUAAAGAUGAUAUUAUCGUCAAGGUUGAUGCUACAAAGACAGGUAUCACUUUUACCAUUCGUAUCCCUCGCAAUUAAUGUGUUGCUUUAUUUUAUUUUUCCUUUGUAAACCUUUUAUAAUUGAUAUUUGUUUAUUUUAUUUUAUU